AUGCAAGCACUCCCAACAUCGGCCACCCAAGCAAAGGACAGGCACUACACCCAGCUCUCCCACAGCCUCGUCAGGCUCUCUCACGCAGUCGGACACACCGCAGAUUUGUGCGAGCUGCUCAAGGUGAACCUGGAUUCGAUGCGCAUAUUGGCCGCGUCCCAUGCAGCACAAUUCAUGACCGUCGCGUUUGAGCUGAAUCCGAACCCUGAAGUUCAUGAAGAAAACGACGAGAGCCAAUGA